GGAAAAAAACCAGAAGGACCUUCUAGGACCUGGUGUCCAUCUUAUUUACACCACCCAGACUGCUAGGUUGACGGAUUCUUUGAGGCUGCAUAAAAGUUACAAAUCCGGYUCAUUAGAGAUGAGCAGUUCAGAGGAAGUCUCGUGGAUAUCUUGGUUCUGUGGACUGAGAGGGAACGAGUUUUUCUGUGAGGUGGAUGAAGACUACAUCCAGGACAAGUUCAACCUGACGGGCCUCAAUGAGCAGGUUCCUCAUUACCGCCAGGCCUUGGACAUGAUCUUGGACCUGGAACCAGAUGAAGAGCUGGAGGACAAUCCCAACCAGAGCGAUCUGAUCGAGCAGGCGGCCGAGAUGCUCUACGGCCUCAUUCACGCUCGCUACAUCCUCACUAACCGAGGAAUCGCACAGAUGCUGGAAAAGUACCAGCAGGGAGACUUUGGGUAUUGUCCUCGUGUCUAUUGUGAGAACCAGCCGAUGCUUCCUAUCGGCCUGUCAGACAUCCCCGGAGAGGCCAUGGUGAAGCUUUACUGCCCCAAAUGCAUGGACGUCUACACGCCCAAGUCCUCCCGGCACCACCACACAGAUGGAGCCUACUUCGGCACCGGUUUCCCCCACAUGCUCUUCAUGGUUCACCCGGAGUACCGGCCCAAGAGGCCRGCCAAUCAGUUUGUCCCACGGCUCUACGGGUUCAAGAUCCACCCCAUGGCCUACCAGCUGCAGCUGCAGGCCGCCUCCAGCUUCAAGAGCCCCGUCAAGGCGAUCCGUUAGAGCGACGACAUCCUGAAAGAGAAACAACCGGAGGAGAUGAGAGGAGAGGGGGGUCACCUGGAUUUCACAGAGCUCUUCAGAUGGCCCCCCUCCCCUCUUCGGAGACUGUAUUAUUUUGAUUUAGAUUAGGGUCUAUAUUAAAAGUGUAAAGAUUUAA